GAGACGUGGGCGAUGGCGACGAGGACGACGGCGAGGAGAAACGCGGGCGUGCGCAUGGUGGAGGGACGGGCGAGGAGCAGGAGCAGGAGGGCCAGGGAAUGAUGGGGCAAUAAAACGGGGCCAGGUGGUCGGAGAGCGCUGGUGAGACGGAGCCGUGCCUCCGUCAGCCCCGGGGUGCAUAAGUAUCGAGGCCUAGCGCGGGCGGCUAGUAAGCAGCCAGCAGCACGACCAUGCCCCGCCUCACUCGCGUCCUCGCCUGGGCCCUCGCCCUCACCGCCUGUGCCUCCCUCUGGACCCUCGCCCGCCGUCUGUCCGACUCCCCGCUCACCCUCGCCAUCACCCUCCCCGACGGCGUGCACGUCCACAUCGACGGCGCCCGCGCGCCCAGUGUGCACGCACAGCACCCGCACGACCCAGCACCCCAGGGCAGCCCCGCCGCGGCGGCGCUCCCGCCCCUGCGCGAGCCGUACCAGUCGAUCCUGACGACGAUCACGGCGCUCGAGCACUACGGCGAACACACGACGAGCGUCCUCGCGCGUAAGCACGCGCGGUUCGCGCGGCUGCCGGCGGCGCAUGCGCCGUACGCGGCGGCGAUCGACUACGCGGGGCAGUUCGCGCGCGCGGACGCGCUGGUGCCGGUGAACGCGGCGGUGCUGAGCGCGAUCGCGGGCACGGCGCGGGCGGCGUACGGGUUCGAGGCGGACGAGGUGACGGUGCGGGUGCGGAACGAGAUCGUGGGGGACUUGGUGGGCCACCUGGUGAGGGACUGGAGCGCGGAGGGCAGGGAGGAGCGCGAGCGCGUGAUCCGGCCCAUUGUGGACGCCCUCCGCAGCGCGCUCCCGAAGAACGGCCAGGACCAGUUCCGCAUCCUCGUCCCCGGCGCAGGUCUCGGCCGCCUCGCACACGAGAUCGCACUCGAGCCAGACUUCCACGUCGAUGCCUCCGAGCUCGACUACGGCUCCGUCCUCGCCUACCGCUACCUCGCCAACACAACACACACACCCGCCCCGCUCGCGCACACCUUCCACCCCUUCCUCACAGACUGGUCCUUCCAGUCCAACGCCGCCGACCGCUUCCUCCCCGUCCGCUUCCCCGACGCCCUCCCGAACCCCACCCCCGCCGACCCCCCGCGCGUGCGCAUGAUCGACGGCGACUUCCUCGAGCUCGCAAAGGCCGUCCAGCGCGACCGCGAGCGCGGCGAGGACACGCGCUACGACGCCGUCGCCACCCUCUUCUUCAUCGACGUCGCGGAGAACGAGGUCGAGUUCCUCCAGGCCAUACACUCCGUCCUCAAGCCCGGCGGGCUCUGGGUCAACCUCGGCCCAUUCAAGUGGGGCACCCACUCCCAGCUCCAGCUCUCUGCAGAGGAGGUCCUCCACCUCGCAGACAUGGUCGGCUUCGCCGUCGACCCCACCUCGCGCCGCGCCAUCGAUGCCGUGUACGCCCACCAGCCCGGCUCGCUCCUCAAGUUCACCUAUGUGACCCAGUUCUGGACCGCCAGAAAGCGCGACUGA